AUGACGACGCAACUGCUGGCCACUGAGCUGGCUAAUCUCAUUCAGGAGAGCAAGCGAAGGCAUAAUGAUCUCCGACAGGCAGCCGAGAAGUCGCUUGAGGAGCUCAAAAGCUUGAAAAACAAUUCUGAGCAAGCUGCCGCUGAAGAGUUAUCCCAGCGACCAAACUUCGUGAACCCCUUCAUUAUUGCUUGUGGGACCAAGAAUGCCAAGUUUACCGGGAUUGCUAUCGUGUGCCUCCAGCGGCUUAUUGUCGCGCGCGCACUGCCCCGGUCAAAGCUGAAUCAAGUCUUGGAGGCUCUUAUGCAGGCCACGUCUGCGGGCCUCGAUGUCCAGUUGAAGAUUCUUCAGGCAUUGCCGUCACUCUUACAAAAUUAUGCUUCGGACCUGAAUGGUGAUUUGCUUGUUACAGCACUGAACAUCUGCUUCACGCUACAGAGCAGCAAAAAUGCUAUCGUUACUCACACUUCAGCGGCCACUCUGCAACAGCUUGUGGUUUCAGUAUUUGACAAGGUUGUCACGGAAGACAAGAGCGGAAGCGAUGUUUCACUCGCGGGUAGCGCUCCUACAGAGGACGGCACGGUCGAGCUCCGCCCUGCUGCGUUGGAUGCAUACAGAAUAUUCAACGACCUUUGUCUAUUGACAGAAAACCAGCGCGCUGAAUUUAUUCGAUUCUCUGGAAUCUCACAAACAUUCGGCUUGGAGCUGAUCGAAUCGGUCAUCACUAAUCAUGCUUCUGUAUUCGCCAGCCACCCAGAACAAAUCCAUGUGCUGCGAGUCAGGGCCAUGCCUCUCAUUAUUAGCACUCUAAGAGCAAACCCAAGCUUUGCCACGUCUGUCAGGCUGGUGCGGAUUCUGUACACUGUGCUGCGAAAGCACAUAACCGUUUUGCCAGACGAGUGCGGUGACGCCCUUGAGAUUUUGACACAGCUCCUUGAUCACGAUUCUGCGCUCUGGAAAAGGGCUUUAUGUAUGGAAGUAUACAGGGGCAUCUUUGCUGACCAUGCCUUGCUCCGUCGUAUAUUUGCCACUUAUGAUGCCAGGAAGGGGGAGAGAGACAUUCUUAAGACUUUGACUGCUACGUUUGUAAGGUUGAGCACUGAAAAGCCCAGCGUAAUCGGCCUUGGCCAUCAAUCCACGCUGCCCAUAUCCAAAUCACAGGGCCUGUCCGACGGAUCGUCGGACCAGGCGAUUCUCGAGGCUGGCGGCGUGGCUGGCAUCAUAACUGGCUCGGUGGGAUCCGAGAGCUUCAAUAUUGGCAUCAGCACGCAAUGGAGUUCAGUGCGUGUCCCUUUUAUUGACCAGCUCGACAAAACUGAACCGCCAACUAUUCCCGAGUCUUACACCUACAGUCUUAUCCUGACGUGUUUGUCGUCGCUUUCCGAUGGACUUGCCAAGUUCAUUCUACCACUCACUGUGCCAACGGAGAGCCGGACCCGGAGGAAGGUUUCCACCAAGGCAGACGGUAGCCUUGACUCGCCACUCCCCCCUGAGUUGAAGGCAGAGCGAGCCGCAUCUUUUAAGAAGAAUCCGGUUCCAGUCAACCCACUCAUGCUUGAAGGCCACCCCAUGCUCGAAGAAGUCAAAAUCUGCGCUGCUAUGGUUGAUGAGUGCUGGCCUGCGAUUCUUGCAACCUUUUCCACGUUUCUCUACGCCGCCUUAGACUCCGACUAUUAUCACGGGCUUGUAAGAGCCUUCCAAAGAUUCGCACAUGUUGCGGGCCUCCUCCAACUGCCCACGCCACGCGAUGCGUUUCUUACUACCCUGGGGAAAUCAGCCGUUCCUCCAAAUGUGUACACUGCCUGCUUGAACACCACCCAAUAUCGCCCUUCUACACCAGGCACAGGCCCUGAAGGUGCAGCAGCCAGUUUUGUGAGCCAGGCACGCGGCUUGCUAAGUUCUGAUAACUUGAGUCUUGGCUCAGAGAAACAACGUCAAGGAUCUUCGGAAGCAUAUCCUACGUCUCUGACUACGCGAAAUCUACUCUGCCUCCGAGCAUUACUAAAUCUCGGUAUUGCAUUGGGGCCAACGCUUGCUUCAGCCUGGCGAAUUAUUCUUGAGUCAUUGCAACAAGCUGAUUUUGUGCUGUACUCGACACAUAAAACUCCAGGAAGGACCCCUUCAGUUGCUCGAGGCCAGGAUGGCUCGGCUGAGGGUGAUCAGAGUGCGCUGACAGCCAACUUCGGCCACGAGGUCCGCGCUGUCGAGACCGCCGCUUCUCGUUUACUGGAGAGCACAAUUGAUUUCCCGAAUGAACCAUUUGUGGAAGUUGUGUCUGCAAUAUGUCGACUGCUUGAGCGACAACCCGCCGAGCCAACGGAGUCGACGGAUGAAAAGCCUGCGCCACUGUCCCCGCGCCAAUCUUUACCAACCCCUACUGGACAGCAUCGGCGAGUUAUGAGUUUUUCCAUGGCUGACUCCACUGGGUCAACACAAGAGGAUCAAUUCGCGCUCUCAAAGCUCGGUGAAAUUGCUUCCAUCAAUAUGGAGAGGCUGCUCACAUUCCCACCAGAGUCUUCUGGCUGGACGCUUCUGAUACGAGAACUCGUGGAGCUGUUGAAUCCUAUUGCUAGAGAAGCCAUCGUUCGGGUGAGAGCUACGGAGACACUUAUGAAGCUAAUGCUUGAAGCUGCAAACUUGACUACACCCAUCCCGGAGGAGUCUCGUGGUCCCAUUCAGCUGCGGAUAUUCGAUGCCCUUACCGAUGCCCUGGUCCCACUCCGCUUUGAAACCCGCGAUGUCUCUGUGACGGUUCAUUCCACUGAUAUCGAGUGUCACAAGAUCGUGCUUGAUGGGCUCAAGAACAUAUUAGAGGAAUGUGGCGAGAACCUGAUUAGUGGGUGGGAGACAGCAUUCGGCAUCAUUGGGAGCGUGUUCAACCCCGCGGACUCUGAGAUCAAUGCUCAGUAUGUCUCAGCACUUACCACUCGGUCCUCCAAACUCGUACGACCAUCCUUCAACUCUUUGCAGCUGAUUGCUUCCGACUUCCUGGAUUCUUUACCGAACUCCUGCUUCCUAAUUCUUGUUGAUACUCUCUACAAAUUUUCGUCCCAGCAUGACGACCUUAAUAUCUCAUUAACGACCGUAACAUUUUUCUGGGUGCUGUCGGAUUUCCUUUCGGGCAAAAAUAAGUCGCUUGAGAUCACAACGGAUCUCGUACGAGACGGCAAUCCUUCAGAUCUGGCUAAGAUCGCGGCUGAUCCAGCCCAUAAAGGAUCCAGCCCCGCGUUGUGGAUGCUUCUCCUCCUGAGACUUGCCUCAGUUACGUCUGAUGAGAGGCUGGAGCUCCGCAACAGCGCAAUACAAACUUUACUGCGAAUCUUUGACGCAUACGGAGACCGGUUAACCCCUGAGGCUUGGUCCAUUUGUAUCAAAUCUGUCAUCUUCAAGCUUUUAUCCUCUUUCCAGGAAAAGAUUCAGGAAACAGGUGAUGGAGAGGAACACAAGAACGAACACGCAAACUGGAAUGGAUCCGCAGUUGUUGUUCUGUCGGGAGUGGCCAACUUGUUGGCCGGUUAUCUGGAUGUCUUGAUACAGCACCCCUCAUUCCAGGAUUUAUGGCGUGAACUGUUGGAGCACUUUACCACGCUGCUGGAUUUCGAAGUUUUGGAGACAAACACCGCCAUCUUCAAAGCUCUCGAGCAUGUCCUGUCGCACACGAAUGGCAAAGAUAUGCCGACACUUGGAAAGGAGCCAAUCGAUCUGGCUUGGGAUCUGUGGUCUCGGGGAGUACCUGUUCCGCCCAAAGCAGCGCAGAAGGGAGACAACCAAGCCUGUCUUGUCGCAUACCUCGAGGCUCUCAAUGAAGUGUACAGACUCAUUCGCUCAGAUUUAUCUGUUGAUAGGGUCCGCAGAAUUCUUGAGCUUCUUCGACAGGCGGUGGAGGAAGCGUCAGUAAGCAGCUACGUUUCUGACAUUGAGCAAGUCACGCAGGUGCAGGGCUUGAUCCUGAGUUUCAUCCAAACGAUCCGCACAGAUGUAGAUGGUGUACCAUCUGCAGUGAUCAAGGAGGUUUCUGGCCUCGUCACGUUGCCUUUUGAGCAAGACUCUACAUCCUCAGGCACAGGCACACGGCGAACUUUUGUUGCCAUGUCCAAGUCUGGCAUGCAGAUUUUGGAGACCGUGAUUCUCCAACAUGCGACUCAGAAAGAUAUUUAUGAAAGUGGUGCGUUCUCGGCAGCAUUGGUAGCUCUUGGAAAGCCAAUAGAAUUGAAAUACAUAUUCCCUAUCGCUACGAAGUCAACCCAGCCAUGGAGGUUGGCAACAUCCACAGCGUUGUCGGUUCUACAAGCAACAUUGAAGCAGCUUGGCCCCCUGGAGAUCCCGCCUGAAACGAGCCAGCCAGUCUGGACUGCUGUUGUUGCUAUUGCUGAUGGCAUCUUUAGCGCCGAGGGGCUCGAGAUGACGUCCUCGGCUGCUCAAAUAGCAGACGACGAAGGAUUUGAUAUUGAGUCAUUCAGAAAGCUCAGGGAUCUUAUAAUUCCGUCACUGGGGUUGGGUGAUGUUUUAGAGAAAAGCCGCAAGGACUACGCAGAGAGUGUGUUCAAAACAUCUAUCGUGCAUGCUCCCACACCUGGAGACGAGUCAAUUCUUGAUAAGGUCAAAGGCGGCGGGCUCUCUGCCCUCUACACGCCACGACCCGGGAAAACGCAGUUUAUACACCCCAACAGACGCCUGCGAAUGUCCUAUGUCGCCCUGGACGAGCUCUUCUCUCUGGUUUCUGCGGAACAUGAUGACAGCGCGACAACGAUUAACGGGGAGGCCUCGUCGGCCUUGUGGGUUCGCAUGGCAAGCACCGCAGCCCCCUUCUUUAUCAUUCGGUGUGCCUUGGUUCUGAGAGCCUUCAUUGCUGAUCAGCCACUUCGCGGUCACAUGCCACAGCCAUUGAGCCAGCGCAAGGAGCUCCUCCUGGUGCUCACGAAGCUGGUCGCUCUCAGCAGUGAGAGCGAGGCUAUCCCGGCCCUGGACGGCGUGGAGAGCAACAAUAAAAAGCACCUCCUGAGGCUGUACCCUCUGCUCGUCAAGGCGGGAGCUGUGAGCAGCGACGAGACUGUGUCGGGUCUGCUGCGGAAGGCGCUGGAGGCUGUUGGGGAAGAGUUUGGUUUGUGA